CGCUCCUCUGCCAAAAUGAGUCAGACUGAGGAGAUGGAGGACAUUGAGUCAGGUGUCAUUGUGAAAGCAGUAAAAGAGGCUGGUGCUGAAGGUUUGGUAGUGAGAGGAGGGGGAAAGGAGGGAAUCUUUGUUAAAGAAGUGAAACCAGAGUCACCGGCAUCAAAGCAGCUUGGUGUAAAAGAAGGUGACCAAAUACUCAGUGCAACAGUUUAUUUUGAUGAUGUCUCAUACGAGGAUGCUCUACAGAUCCUGGAGCAUGCCCAGGCAUGCAAAAUGGAGCUCUGUUUGAAACGGAAGACCCCUUCUACACAAUCAACACUGGAAAGAUCAACAGACACACAUUUGGAGAUGAUCUCAGGGGAAGAAGGAGCAAGUCCAGUAGAAAGAGGACGCAGAAAGACACAAAGACGUCAUGAAGCACGAAUCUCAUGGCCAAAGUUCCCUUCCUUUAGCAGGGGGCGCAAAGCCUACUUCAAAAGGUCUCACAGUACAUCUGAGGCAGAGGAGGAAAAGUUGCAAAUGAGCCCAACAACCAGUGAUACUGAGUCACCAAUCAAGACUCAAGAGGAUGCGAAGGACAAAACAAAGAGACAAAAAGUUAAAGUUUCAAAGGGAAAGAUGAGCCUGAGAAGCAAAUCCGCUGACCAGAACGAGAACCUUGCUGUAGAAGCAGCACUGGGAUUUGUGGAAAAGAAAGAGACUUUAGAGGAAACCUCAGACCUGCAGUCUCCAGAGCCUCAGGAGAGAAUGUUAACAGAGACACCUCAGACACUUCUGCUUGAUGAGCCAGGGAGAAAGGAAACAGCAAGGAUCAGAAAUGAAUGUACAUUUCCUAGUGUGUCUGGUACUGAGGCGGAAAUCGGCCAGCACAAAUCAGAGCUCAUCAGCUUGGACAAGACAUUAAAAACCACUGACAUCACAAAAUCUCUUGCUGAUCAAAAACAUCAGUCAGCAAAGCACUCCCCAGAUGGAAAAAAGAGGAAGAAGAAAGAGAGGUCAGAACUUAAAGUAAAUAUUCAAGGAAAGGAAAAGGAAGAAUGGAGUCCAGAUUGUCUCUUAACAUCCCUUCAACCACUGGUGGCACAUUCAUCUCCCAAAGUCUCAAAAACACCAGAUACUGAGGACAGGGCUCCUGAUCUCUCCAUAGUACUGGACAGCACAGUGAGUCCCAGAGUAAUAUCACAUGCUGAGGUAAAGGAACACCAAAUGGCAAUUGAUAUUACCACUCAGAGAAUCAAUAUCAGCCAAUCAACCCUAGUAGACCAAAAAAGUGCAGGAGAAAAACUUUCUUCACAAAUCAUGGCCAAAAAGGAGAAUGUAGAUGCUAACAAGACAAAAGCAGACAUAUCAUUUGGGAUGCCAGAUGUUAGCACCUCUCAGAAAUAUCAAAAGACAGCAUCUGGAAAACAGCGGAAAGAAAGAAGUAUACUAAUUUCUGACUUGGAGAGAUAUGGAAUCCGAAGCAGAAGUUCAACAACUGACAGAGACUUGACAAAAACACAUUUUGUGGUUCCAACGACUAAGGUGGACACUAGUCCUCUAAAGACAAUUGUGCCAUCAUCAGGUGGUUUGUUUCAAAACAUCUCUGACAUGAACAGCUCCAAAUCUUCCUCUGCUGCAUCCUUCCUCAGUGAAAAACCCCAAGAGAAAGUAUCUGAUUAUAAAGGCAGUGGAUACUCAAAGGCACUUGAUGUAGGCAUCAAAGAUUCAUCGUUAAACAUAGAUGAUUCGGACCUCUCAGCAGAGACAAACACUGAUGACUUCAAAGGUAAAUUUGACACAAGUAUAUCUCCAAAAUUCAAAGUGCCAAAGAUGGACUUAAAAGACUUCAGUGUACAUGAACCCAUUGCAAAGACAGAGACUGAUAUAACACAUGUGGAACGCAAGGAGCCUAAGGUUAAAAUUAAGGUACCAAAUACAGAUCAACAGAUCCUAGCUGAAAAAAUUGAAAAAAAGAUCCAUCUCCCAAAACGAGAAGACAUUGAGAUACCAGGUAUGGAAGCCACAGAAUCAAAAGGAAUUCUUCCAUUGUCAGCUCUUAAGAUGACUGUAGACAUCCAUAUGCAGAAGGCAGGUGUUGAUGACGUCAAGGGGGUAUCUCCUAAAACUGAUUUGUCCACAGUCAAGCUGCCAAAAAUUGACCUACCAGACCUUGAUACGCACCAACACAUCACAAAGAAAGAUAUUACUGCUGAAAAGGUGAAACUAAAGGAUGCAGCAGAUAUUCCAAAGCCCAAAACUCCAGAGAUGAUAACAAAGCAACAAGAUGUUAGUGCCAUUACGCCUCAAACUGUACCAAAUACAGCUAGCAGCUAUGAUAUGGGUGAUAAAACUGAGGGUAAAAUAAAAGCUUUUGAAAUGCCAAAACAGACAGAGAAUUAUUCAAUAGCUGAGUUAACAAAAAGAUCAGCUCCCACAUUUAAACUUCCAAAACCUAAAUUUCCUGAUGCAGAUUCCCAUGAACCUAUUUUGAUGACAAAAUUGGAGUCUUCAGAAGUUAAUGCUGAAAUCCUAGGCCCGAAGGGUGAAGUAAACAUACAAAAAGAGAGGGAGGGUGAAAAGAUACGCAUUGAGCAACUUAAAGUUAACAGGCCUGAAAUUAGAAUGAAACUACCAAACCGAGAAGAUUUUGAGAUACCAGGUAGGGAAGCUAAAAUUGCAUCUACAGACAGUAUUGGGUCACUAGCUAUCAAGCACCCUCAAACUGGAGAGGUCAUAGUUCCAGCAACUGGAAAUACUGAAAUGCAAAAGCUUCAGGCAGAUAUUAGUGCUAAUGCAAUUAAAGAUACUGACUUUAAGAUAAGUGUUUCAGCAAUGAAGCUGCCCAAAGUGGAAUUUUCAGGGCCUGAUCGUGAUCAGCAGAUCACAAAGACAGAUGUUAAUGCGGGAAAAAAAGCAGAUCUGAAAAAUGAAAUUUCAAAUACUGAUGUCCAAGACAAAGAAUUAGUAGCACAGGUCAAGAAAGGAAAAUUCAAAGUACCCCAAAUGCCAUACGAUGACAUAUCAAUUCCCACUCUGAAAUCUGAGAUAAAAGUUCAAAAACCAGGAAAUGAAGUUAGACCAGACAUAACAACUACAAAAUCAGUUGAAGCAAAAACUCCAGAAGCCCAAGCAAAGCAGACACAAAGUAAAGCUCAAGAUGUAACAGUAAAAAUGGAAAGGACUGAUCUAAAAUAUACUGUUAAAGAGUCUUCUUUUGUAAUAUCUAAACCUGAAUUGAAACUUCCAGAAGUAUCAGAUACUGAAAUGAAGAUUUCAGAUGUCAGUGAUAAUGCUGAACCUUCAAAACAUCAGAUGACAAUCUCAAGAAAGACAGUUGACAUCAAAAAGGAUAAAGCAGAGUCAGAAGGACUGAAAAAAGACAUGGAUUCUGAGAACAAAGGAGAUCUGUUUGAAAAACUCUCUAAAGUGAAAACUGAAAUGCAAGAGGUGGGUGCUAAGCCUGAUGUGAAAGGCCCUAAGCUGUCUGGAGACUUCAGUCUACCAUCGGUGAAUGUUUCACUCACAAAACCGGAUGCUGGCAUUGCCGUUCCAACGGUCAGCGUGGACGGAAGCUCAGCAGAUGUGGAACUUCCAGGAACUCAGUUUAAGGUUUCAGGACAGACACCUUCUUUGGAUAUCCAAGGCUCCAGUGUUGACAUUGAAGGUCCAGGUGUAGAUGUGGACAUGCAGGGUAAAGGAGCUGACCUGCAAGGACAAGGGAGCAAGUUUAAGAUGGCCAAAUUUGGAAUCUCUAUGCCAAAAGUGAAAGGCCCCGAGGUGGACAUCAGCAUCUCAAAGCCAGGCGUUGACAUCUCCCUGCCAAAGGCACAGGCUACAGCUCAGUUACCCAGUGUCGAUGUUGAGGUCCCCUCAGCGGAAGGACAAGCGGAACUUCCUGAAGCAGACAUUAAGGACAUUGACGUGAAGCUGAAGAAACCAAAGGUAUCAUUCCCAAAGUUUGGAUUUUCCAAAGAUGGUAAAGCUCCUGAAGUUGAUGUGAGCCUUUCCAAAGGGGAAGUGCCUGUCCCAGAGGGAAGUGUGGAGAUUAAAUCUCCUGAAAUAGAUGGAAAAGCAGACGCAGAAGUCGGAGGUUCUCCUAGUAAAUUCAAACUGCCCCACUUUAAGUUACCCAAAUUUGGAGCUUCGGCACCAAAGGGUAAAGCUGAAUUGACAGACGUACAGGUAGACGUGAAAGUACCGGAAAUUGAGGCGCCCUCAGGAAAAGUUGGAAUGGAAGUUAAAGCCCCAGGCAUUGACAUUGAUAGGCCAGAUGUGGAGCUGGAUAAGACAACAGCCGAAGUGACGAUGCCAGAAAUCAACAUAUCCCUUCCUAAAAUCACAAGACCUGAAAUAGAGUUCAAAACUCCAAAGGCUGAGAUGGACGUUGCGGUAUCAAAGCCCGCCGCUGAAAUGAAGGGUCCGUCUAUUGAAGGAAAAACUGAGAUCCCUGAUAUUGAAGCGGGAGGAAAAGCAAAAUUCCACAUGCCCUCUAUUAAAAUGCCUUCUCUUGGCUUUUCUAAGCCUGAUGUGAAAGGCCCUAAGCUGUCUGGAGACUUCAGUCUACCAUCGGUGAAUGUUUCACUCACAAAACCGGAUGCUGGCAUUGCCGUUCCAACGGUCAGCGUGGACGGAAGCUCAGCAGAUGUGGAACUUCCAGGAACUCAGUUUAAGGUUUCAGGACAGACACCUUCUUUGGAUAUCCAAGGCUCCAGUGUUGACAUUGAAGGUCCAGGUGUAGAUGUGGACAUGCAGGGUAAAGGAGCUGACCUGCAAGGACAAGGGAGCAAGUUUAAGAUGGCCAAAUUUGGAAUCUCUAUGCCAAAAGUGAAAGGCCCCGAGGUGGACAUCAGCAUCUCAAAGCCAGGCGUUGACAUCUCCCUGCCAAAGGCACAGGCUACAGCUCAGUUACCCAGUGUCGAUGUUGAGGUCCCCUCAGCGGAAGGACAAGCGGAACUUCCUGAAGCAGACAUUAAGGACAUUGACGUGAAGCUGAAGAAACCAAAGGUAUCAUUCCCAAAGUUUGGAUUUUCCAAAGAUGGUAAAGCUCCUGAAGUUGAUGUGAGCCUUUCCAAAGGGGAAGUGCCUGUCCCAGAGGGAAGUGUGGAGAUUAAAUCUCCUGAAAUAGAUGGAAAAGCAGACGCAGAAGUCGGAGGUUCUCCUAGUAAAUUCAAACUGCCCCACUUUAAGUUACCCAAAUUUGGAGCUUCGGCACCAAAGGGUAAAGCUGAAUUGACAGACGUACAGGUAGACGUGAAAGUACCGGAAAUUGAGGCGCCCUCAGGAAAAGUUGGAAUGGAAGUUAAAGCCCCAGGCAUUGACAUUGAUAGGCCAGAUGUGGAGCUGGAUAAGACAACAGCCGAAGUGACGAUGCCAGAAAUCAACAUAUCCCUUCCUAAAAUCACAAGACCUGAAAUAGAGUUCAAAACUCCAAAGGCUGAGAUGGACGUUGCGGUAUCAAAGCCCGCCGCUGAAAUGAAGGGUCCGUCUAUUGAAGGAAAAACUGAGAUCCCUGAUAUUGAAGCGGGAGGAAAAGCAAAAUUCCACAUGCCCUCUAUUAAAAUGCCUUCUCUUGGCUUUUCUAAGCCUGAUGUGAAAGGCCCUAAGCUGUCUGGAGACUUCAGUCUACCAUCGGUGAAUGUUUCACUCACAAAACCGGAUGCUGGCAUUGCCGUUCCAACGGUCAGCGUGGACGGAAGCUCAGCAGAUGUGGAACUUCCAGGAACUCAGUUUAAGGUUUCAGGACAGACACCUUCUUUGGAUAUCCAAGGCUCCAGUGUUGACAUUGAAGGUCCAGGUGUAGAUGUGGACAUGCAGGGUAAAGGAGCUGACCUGCAAGGACAAGGGAGCAAGUUUAAGAUGGCCAAAUUUGGAAUCUCUAUGCCAAAAGUGAAAGGCCCCGAGGUGGACAUCAGCAUCUCAAAGCCAGGCGUUGACAUCUCCCUGCCAAAGGCACAGGCUACAGCUCAGUUACCCAGUGUCGAUGUUGAGGUCCCCUCAGCGGAAGGACAAGCGGAACUUCCUGAAGCAGACAUUAAGGACAUUGACGUGAAGCUGAAGAAACCAAAGGUAUCAUUCCCAAAGUUUGGAUUUUCCAAAGAUGGUAAAGCUCCUGAAGUUGAUGUGAGCCUUUCCAAAGGGGAAGUGCCUGUCCCAGAGGGAAGUGUGGAGAUUAAAUCUCCUGAAAUAGAUGGAAAAGCAGACGCAGAAGUCGGAGGUUCUCCUAGUAAAUUCAAACUGCCCCACUUUAAGUUACCCAAAUUUGGAGCUUCGGCACCAAAGGGUAAAGCUGAAUUGACAGACGUACAGGUAGACGUGAAAGUACCGGAAAUUGAGGCGCCCUCAGGAAAAGUUGGAAUGGAAGUUAAAGCCCCAGGCAUUGACAUUGAUAGGCCAGAUGUGGAGCUGGAUAAGACAACAGCCGAAGUGACGAUGCCAGAAAUCAACAUAUCCCUUCCUAAAAUCACAAGACCUGAAAUAGAGUUCAAAACUCCAAAGGCUGAGAUGGACGUUGCGGUAUCAAAGCCCGCCGCUGAAAUGAAGGGUCCGUCUAUUGAAGGAAAAACUGAGAUCCCUGAUAUUGAAGCGGGAGGAAAAGCAAAAUUCCACAUGCCCUCUAUUAAAAUGCCUUCUCUUGGCUUUUCUAAGCCUGAUGUGAAAGGCCCUAAGCUGUCUGGAGACUUCAGUCUACCAUCGGUGAAUGUUUCACUCACAAAACCGGAUGCUGGCAUUGCCGUUCCAACGGUCAGCGUGGACGGAAGCUCAGCAGAUGUGGAACUUCCAGGAACUCAGUUUAAGGUUUCAGGACAGACACCUUCUUUGGAUAUCCAAGGCUCCAGUGUUGACAUUGAAGGUCCAGGUGUAGAUGUGGACAUGCAGGGUAAAGGAGCUGACCUGCAAGGACAAGGGAGCAAGUUUAAGAUGGCCAAAUUUGGAAUCUCUAUGCCAAAAGUGAAAGGCCCCGAGGUGGACAUCAGCAUCUCAAAGCCAGGCGUUGACAUCUCCCUGCCAAAGGCACAGGCUACAGCUCAGUUACCCAGUGUCGAUGUUGAGGUCCCCUCAGCGGAAGGACAAGCGGAACUUCCUGAAGCAGACAUUAAGGACAUUGACGUGAAGCUGAAGAAACCAAAGGUAUCAUUCCCAAAGUUUGGAUUUUCCAAAGAUGGUAAAGCUCCUGAAGUUGAUGUGAGCCUUUCCAAAGGGGAAGUGCCUGUCCCAGAGGGAAGUGUGGAGAUUAAAUCUCCUGAAAUAGAUGGAAAAGCAGACGCAGAAGUCGGAGGUUCUCCUAGUAAAUUCAAACUGCCCCACUUUAAGUUACCCAAAUUUGGAGCUUCGGCACCAAAGGGUAAAGCUGAAUUGACAGACGUACAGGUAGACGUGAAAGUACCGGAAAUUGAGGCGCCCUCAGGAAAAGUUGGAAUGGAAGUUAAAGCCCCAGGCAUUGACAUUGAUAGGCCAGAUGUGGAGCUGGAUAAGACAACAGCCGAAGUGACGAUGCCAGAAAUCAACAUAUCCCUUCCUAAAAUCACAAGACCUGAAAUAGAGUUCAAAACUCCAAAGGCUGAGAUGGACGUUGCGGUAUCAAAGCCCGCCGCUGAAAUGAAGGGUCCGUCUAUUGAAGGAAAAACUGAGAUCCCUGAUAUUGAAGCGGGAGGAAAAGCAAAAUUCCACAUGCCCUCUAUUAAAAUGCCUUCUCUUGGCUUUUCUAAGCCUGAUGUGAAAGGCCCUAAGCUGUCUGGAGACUUCAGUCUACCAUCGGUGAAUGUUUCACUCACAAAACCGGAUGCUGGCAUUGCCGUUCCAACGGUCAGCGUGGACGGAAGCUCAGCAGAUGUGGAACUUCCAGGAACUCAGUUUAAGGUUUCAGGACAGACACCUUCUUUGGAUAUCCAAGGCUCCAGUGUUGACAUUGAAGGUCCAGGUGUAGAUGUGGACAUGCAGGGUAAAGGAGCUGACCUGCAAGGACAAGGGAGCAAGUUUAAGAUGGCCAAAUUUGGAAUCUCUAUGCCAAAAGUGAAAGGCCCCGAGGUGGACAUCAGCAUCUCAAAGCCAGGCGUUGACAUCUCCCUGCCAAAGGCACAGGCUACAGCUCAGUUACCCAGUGUCGAUGUUGAGGUCCCCUCAGCGGAAGGACAAGCGGAACUUCCUGAAGCAGACAUUAAGGACAUUGACGUGAAGCUGAAGAAACCAAAGGUAUCAUUCCCAAAGUUUGGAUUUUCCAAAGAUGGUAAAGCUCCUGAAGUUGAUGUGAGCCUUUCCAAAGGGGAAGUGCCUGUCCCAGAGGGAAGUGUGGAGAUUAAAUCUCCUGAAAUAGAUGGAAAAGCAGACGCAGAAGUCGGAGGUUCUCCUAGUAAAUUCAAACUGCCCCACUUUAAGUUACCCAAAUUUGGAGCUUCGGCACCAAAGGGUAAAGCUGAAUUGACAGACGUACAGGUAGACGUGAAAGUACCGGAAAUUGAGGCGCCCUCAGGAAAAGUUGGAAUGGAAGUUAAAGCCCCAGGCAUUGACAUUGAUAGGCCAGAUGUGGAGCUGGAUAAGACAACAGCCGAAGUGACGAUGCCAGAAAUCAACAUAUCCCUUCCUAAAAUCACAAGACCUGAAAUAGAGUUCAAAACUCCAAAGGCUGAGAUGGACGUUGCGGUAUCAAAGCCCGCCGCUGAAAUGAAGGGUCCGUCUAUUGAAGGAAAAACUGAGAUCCCUGAUAUUGAAGCGGGAGGAAAAGCAAAAUUCCACAUGCCCUCUAUUAAAAUGCCUUCUCUUGGCUUUUCUAAGCCUGAUGUGAAAGGCCCUAAGCUGUCUGGAGACUUCAGUCUACCAUCGGUGAAUGUUUCACUCACAAAACCGGAUGCUGGCAUUGCCGUUCCAACGGUCAGCGUGGACGGAAGCUCAGCAGAUGUGGAACUUCCAGGAACUCAGUUUAAGGUUUCAGGACAGACACCUUCUUUGGAUAUCCAAGGCUCCAGUGUUGACAUUGAAGGUCCAGGUGUAGAUGUGGACAUGCAGGGUAAAGGAGCUGACCUGCAAGGACAAGGGAGCAAGUUUAAGAUGGCCAAAUUUGGAAUCUCUAUGCCAAAAGUGAAAGGCCCCGAGGUGGACAUCAGCAUCUCAAAGCCAGGCGUUGACAUCUCCCUGCCAAAGGCACAGGCUACAGCUCAGUUACCCAGUGUCGAUGUUGAGGUCCCCUCAGCGGAAGGACAAGCGGAACUUCCUGAAGCAGACAUUAAGGACAUUGACGUGAAGCUGAAGAAACCAAAGGUAUCAUUCCCAAAGUUUGGAUUUUCCAAAGAUGGUAAAGCUCCUGAAGUUGAUGUGAGCCUUUCCAAAGGGGAAGUGCCUGUCCCAGAGGGAAGUGUGGAGAUUAAAUCUCCUGAAAUAGAUGGAAAAGCAGACGCAGAAGUCGGAGGUUCUCCUAGUAAAUUCAAACUGCCCCACUUUAAGUUACCCAAAUUUGGAGCUUCGGCACCAAAGGGUAAAGCUGAAUUGACAGACGUACAGGUAGACGUGAAAGUACCGGAAAUUGAGGCGCCCUCAGGAAAAGUUGGAAUGGAAGUUAAAGCCCCAGGCAUUGACAUUGAUAGGCCAGAUGUGGAGCUGGAUAAGACAACAGCCGAAGUGACGAUGCCAGAAAUCAACAUAUCCCUUCCUAAAAUCACAAGACCUGAAAUAGAGUUCAAAACUCCAAAGGCUGAGAUGGACGUUGCGGUAUCAAAGCCCGCCGCUGAAAUGAAGGGUCCGUCUAUUGAAGGAAAAACUGAGAUCCCUGAUAUUGAAGCGGGAGGAAAAGCAAAAUUCCACAUGCCCUCUAUUAAAAUGCCUUCUCUUGGCUUUUCUAAGCCUGAUGUGAAAGGCCCUAAGCUGUCUGGAGACUUCAGUCUACCAUCGGUGAAUGUUUCACUCACAAAACCGGAUGCUGGCAUUGCCGUUCCAACGGUCAGCGUGGACGGAAGCUCAGCAGAUGUGGAACUUCCAGGAACUCAGUUUAAGGUUUCAGGACAGACACCUUCUUUGGAUAUCCAAGGCUCCAGUGUUGACAUUGAAGGUCCAGGUGUAGAUGUGGACAUGCAGGGUAAAGGAGCUGACCUGCAAGGACAAGGGAGCAAGUUUAAGAUGGCCAAAUUUGGAAUCUCUAUGCCAAAAGUGAAAGGCCCCGAGGUGGACAUCAGCAUCUCAAAGCCAGGCGUUGACAUCUCCCUGCCAAAGGCACAGGCUACAGCUCAGUUACCCAGUGUCGAUGUUGAGGUCCCCUCAGCGGAAGGACAAGCGGAACUUCCUGAAGCAGACAUUAAGGACAUUGACGUGAAGCUGAAGAAACCAAAGGUAUCAUUCCCAAAGUUUGGAUUUUCCAAAGAUGGUAAAGCUCCUGAAGUUGAUGUGAGCCUUUCCAAAGGGGAAGUGCCUGUCCCAGAGGGAAGUGUGGAGAUUAAAUCUCCUGAAAUAGAUGGAAAAGCAGACGCAGAAGUCGGAGGUUCUCCUAGUAAAUUCAAACUGCCCCACUUUAAGUUACCCAAAUUUGGAGCUUCGGCACCAAAGGGUAAAGCUGAAUUGACAGACGUACAGGUAGACGUGAAAGUACCGGAAAUUGAGGCGCCCUCAGGAAAAGUUGGAAUGGAAGUUAAAGCCCCAGGCAUUGACAUUGAUAGGCCAGAUGUGGAGCUGGAUAAGACAACAGCCGAAGUGACGAUGCCAGAAAUCAACAUAUCCCUUCCUAAAAUCACAAGACCUGAAAUAGAGUUCAAAACUCCAAAGGCUGAGAUGGACGUUGCGGUAUCAAAGCCCGCCGCUGAAAUGAAGGGUCCGUCUAUUGAAGGAAAAACUGAGAUCCCUGAUAUUGAAGCGGGAGGAAAAGCAAAAUUCCACAUGCCCUCUAUUAAAAUGCCUUCUCUUGGCUUUUCUAAGCCUGAUGUGAAAGGCCCUAAGCUGUCUGGAGACUUCAGUCUACCAUCGGUGAAUGUUUCACUCACAAAACCGGAUGCUGGCAUUGCCGUUCCAACGGUCAGCGUGGACGGAAGCUCAGCAGAUGUGGAACUUCCAGGAACUCAGUUUAAGGUUUCAGGACAGACACCUUCUUUGGAUAUCCAAGGCUCCAGUGUUGACAUUGAAGGUCCAGGUGUAGAUGUGGACAUGCAGGGUAAAGGAGCUGACCUGCAAGGACAAGGGAGCAAGUUUAAGAUGGCCAAAUUUGGAAUCUCUAUGCCAAAAGUGAAAGGCCCCGAGGUGGACAUCAGCAUCUCAAAGCCAGGCGUUGACAUCUCCCUGCCAAAGGCACAGGCUACAGCUCAGUUACCCAGUGUCGAUGUUGAGGUCCCCUCAGCGGAAGGACAAGCGGAACUUCCUGAAGCAGACAUUAAGGACAUUGACGUGAAGCUGAAGAAACCAAAGGUAUCAUUCCCAAAGUUUGGAUUUUCCAAAGAUGGUAAAGCUCCUGAAGUUGAUGUGAGCCUUUCCAAAGGGGAAGUGCCUGUCCCAGAGGGAAGUGUGGAGAUUAAAUCUCCUGAAAUAGAUGGAAAAGCAGACGCAGAAGUCGGAGGUUCUCCUAGUAAAUUCAAACUGCCCCACUUUAAGUUACCCAAAUUUGGAGCUUCGGCACCAAAGGGUAAAGCUGAAUUGACAGACGUACAGGUAGACGUGAAAGUACCGGAAAUUGAGGCGCCCUCAGGAAAAGUUGGAAUGGAAGUUAAAGCCCCAGGCAUUGACAUUGAUAGGCCAGAUGUGGAGCUGGAUAAGACAACAGCCGAAGUGACGAUGCCAGAAAUCAACAUAUCCCUUCCUAAAAUCACAAGACCUGAAAUAGAGUUCAAAACUCCAAAGGCUGAGAUGGACGUUGCGGUAUCAAAGCCCGCCGCUGAAAUGAAGGGUCCGUCUAUUGAAGGAAAAACUGAGAUCCCUGAUAUUGAAGCGGGAGGAAAAGCAAAAUUCCACAUGCCCUCUAUUAAAAUGCCUUCUCUUGGCUUUUCUAAGCCUGAUGUGAAAGGCCCUAAGCUGUCUGGAGACUUCAGUCUACCAUCGGUGAAUGUUUCACUCACAAAACCGGAUGCUGGCAUUGCCGUUCCAACGGUCAGCGUGGACGGAAGCUCAGCAGAUGUGGAACUUCCAGGAACUCAGUUUAAGGUUUCAGGACAGACACCUUCUUUGGAUAUCCAAGGCUCCAGUGUUGACAUUGAAGGUCCAGGUGUAGAUGUGGACAUGCAGGGUAAAGGAGCUGACCUGCAAGGACAAGGGAGCAAGUUUAAGAUGGCCAAAUUUGGAAUCUCUAUGCCAAAAGUGAAAGGCCCCGAGGUGGACAUCAGCAUCUCAAAGCCAGGCGUUGACAUCUCCCUGCCAAAGGCACAGGCUACAGCUCAGUUACCCAGUGUCGAUGUUGAGGUCCCCUCAGCGGAAGGACAAGCGGAACUUCCUGAAGCAGACAUUAAGGACAUUGACGUGAAGCUGAAGAAACCAAAGGUAUCAUUCCCAAAGUUUGGAUUUUCCAAAGAUGGUAAAGCUCCUGAAGUUGAUGUGAGCCUUUCCAAAGGGGAAGUGCCUGUCCCAGAGGGAAGUGUGGAGAUUAAAUCUCCUGAAAUAGAUGGAAAAGCAGACGCAGAAGUCGGAGGUUCUCCUAGUAAAUUCAAACUGCCCCACUUUAAGUUACCCAAAUUUGGAGCUUCGGCACCAAAGGGUAAAGCUGAAUUGACAGACGUACAGGUAGACGUGAAAGUACCGGAAAUUGAGGCGCCCUCAGGAAAAGUUGGAAUGGAAGUUAAAGCCCCAGGCAUUGACAUUGAUAGGCCAGAUGUGGAGCUGGAUAAGACAACAGCCGAAGUGACGAUGCCAGAAAUCAACAUAUCCCUUCCUAAAAUCACAAGACCUGAAAUAGAGUUCAAAACUCCAAAGGCUGAGAUGGACGUUGCGGUAUCAAAGCCCGCCGCUGAAAUGAAGGGUCCGUCUAUUGAAGGAAAAACUGAGAUCCCUGAUAUUGAAGCGGGAGGAAAAGCAAAAUUCCACAUGCCCUCUAUUAAAAUGCCUUCUCUUGGCUUUUCUAAGCCUGAUGUGAAAGGCCCUAAGCUGUCUGGAGACUUCAGUCUACCAUCGGUGAAUGUUUCACUCACAAAACCGGAUGCUGGCAUUGCCGUUCCAACGGUCAGCGUGGACGGAAGCUCAGCAGAUGUGGAACUUCCAGGAACUCAGUUUAAGGUUUCAGGACAGACACCUUCUUUGGAUAUCCAAGGCUCCAGUGUUGACAUUGAAGGUCCAGGUGUAGAUGUGGACAUGCAGGGUAAAGGAGCUGACCUGCAAGGACAAGGGAGCAAGUUUAAGAUGGCCAAAUUUGGAAUCUCUAUGCCAAAAGUGAAAGGCCCCGAGGUGGACAUCAGCAUCUCAAAGCCAGGCGUUGACAUCUCCCUGCCAAAGGCACAGGCUACAGCUCAGUUACCCAGUGUCGAUGUUGAGGUCCCCUCAGCGGAAGGACAAGCGGAACUUCCUGAAGCAGACAUUAAGGACAUUGACGUGAAGCUGAAGAAACCAAAGGUAUCAUUCCCAAAGUUUGGAUUUUCCAAAGAUGGUAAAGCUCCUGAAGUUGAUGUGAGCCUUUCCAAAGGGGAAGUGCCUGUCCCAGAGGGAAGUGUGGAGAUUAAAUCUCCUGAAAUAGAUGGAAAAGCAGACGCAGAAGUCGGAGGUUCUCCUAGUAAAUUCAAACUGCCCCACUUUAAGUUACCCAAAUUUGGAGCUUCGGCACCAAAGGGUAAAGCUGAAUUGACAGACGUACAGGUAGACGUGAAAGUACCGGAAAUUGAGGCGCCCUCAGGAAAAGUUGGAAUGGAAGUUAAAGCCCCAGGCAUUGACAUUGAUAGGCCAGAUGUGGAGCUGGAUAAGACAACAGCCGAAGUGACGAUGCCAGAAAUCAACAUAUCCCUUCCUAAAAUCACAAGACCUGAAAUAGAGUUCAAAACUCCAAAGGCUGAGAUGGACGUUGCGGUAUCAAAGCCCGCCGCUGAAAUGAAGGGUCCGUCUAUUGAAGGAAAAACUGAGAUCCCUGAUAUUGAAGCGGGAGGAAAAGCAAAAUUCCACAUGCCCUCUAUUAAAAUGCCUUCUCUUGGCUUUUCUAAGCCUGAUGUGAAAGGCCCUAAGCUGUCUGGAGACUUCAGUCUACCAUCGGUGAAUGUUUCACUCACAAAACCGGAUGCUGGCAUUGCCGUUCCAACGGUCAGCGUGGACGGAAGCUCAGCAGAUGUGGAACUUCCAGGAACUCAGUUUAAGGUUUCAGGACAGACACCUUCUUUGGAUAUCCAAGGCUCCAGUGUUGACAUUGAAGGUCCAGGUGUAGAUGUGGACAUGCAGGGUAAAGGAGCUGACCUGCAAGGACAAGGGAGCAAGUUUAAGAUGGCCAAAUUUGGAAUCUCUAUGCCAAAAGUGAAAGGCCCCGAGGUGGACAUCAGCAUCUCAAAGCCAGGCGUUGACAUCUCCCUGCCAAAGGCACAGGCUACAGCUCAGUUACCCAGUGUCGAUGUUGAGGUCCCCUCAGCGGAAGGACAAGCGGAACUUCCUGAAGCAGACAUUAAGGACAUUGACGUGAAGCUGAAGAAACCAAAGGUAUCAUUCCCAAAGUUUGGAUUUUCCAAAGAUGGUAAAGCUCCUGAAGUUGAUGUGAGCCUUUCCAAAGGGGAAGUGCCUGUCCCAGAGGGAAGUGUGGAGAUUAAAUCUCCUGAAAUAGAUGGAAAAGCAGACGCAGAAGUCGGAGGUUCUCCUAGUAAAUUCAAACUGCCCCACUUUAAGUUACCCAAAUUUGGAGCUUCGGCACCAAAGGGUAAAGCUGAAUUGACAGACGUACAGGUAGACGUGAAAGUACCGGAAAUUGAGGCGCCCUCAGGAAAAGUUGGAAUGGAAGUUAAAGCCCCAGGCAUUGACAUUGAUAGGCCAGAUGUGGAGCUGGAUAAGACAACAGCCGAAGUGACGAUGCCAGAAAUCAACAUAUCCCUUCCUAAAAUCACAAGACCUGAAAUAGAGUUCAAAACUCCAAAGGCUGAGAUGGACGUUGCGGUAUCAAAGCCCGCCGCUGAAAUGAAGGGUCCGUCUAUUGAAGGAAAAACUGAGAUCCCUGAUAUUGAAGCGGGAGGAAAAGCAAAAUUCCACAUGCCCUCUAUUAAAAUGCCUUCUCUUGGCUUUUCUAAGCCUGAUGUGAAAGGCCCUAAGCUGUCUGGAGACUUCAGUCUACCAUCGGUGAAUGUUUCACUCACAAAACCGGAUGCUGGCAUUGCCGUUCCAACGGUCAGCGUGGACGGAAGCUCAGCAGAUGUGGAACUUCCAGGAACUCAGUUUAAGGUUUCAGGACAGACACCUUCUUUGGAUAUCCAAGGCUCCAGUGUUGACAUUGAAGGUCCAGGUGUAGAUGUGGACAUGCAGGGUAAAGGAGCUGACCUGCAAGGACAAGGGAGCAAGUUUAAGAUGGCCAAAUUUGGAAUCUCUAUGCCAAAAGUGAAAGGCCCCGAGGUGGACAUCAGCAUCUCAAAGCCAGGCGUUGACAUCUCCCUGCCAAAGGCACAGGCUACAGCUCAGUUACCCAGUGUCGAUGUUGAGGUCCCCUCAGCGGAAGGACAAGCGGAACUUCCUGAAGCAGACAUUAAGGACAUUGACGUGAAGCUGAAGAAACCAAAGGUAUCAUUCCCAAAGUUUGGAUUUUCCAAAGAUGGUAAAGCUCCUGAAGUUGAUGUGAGCCUUUCCAAAGGGGAAGUGCCUGUCCCAGAGGGAAGUGUGGAGAUUAAAUCUCCUGAAAUAGAUGGAAAAGCAGACGCAGAAGUCGGAGGUUCUCCUAGUAAAUUCAAACUGCCCCACUUUAAGUUACCCAAAUUUGGAGCUUCGGCACCAAAGGGUAAAGCUGAAUUGACAGACGUACAGGUAGACGUGAAAGUACCGGAAAUUGAGGCGCCCUCAGGAAAAGUUGGAAUGGAAGUUAAAGCCCCAGGCAUUGACAUUGAUAGGCCAGAUGUGGAGCUGGAUAAGACAACAGCCGAAGUGACGAUGCCAGAAAUCAACAUAUCCCUUCCUAAAAUCACAAGACCUGAAAUAGAGUUCAAAACUCCAAAGGCUGAGAUGGACGUUGCGGUAUCAAAGCCCGCCGCUGAAAUGAAGGGUCCGUCUACUGAAGAAAAUUUGAGGGGAAUAGACGUCAAAGUUGAUGCAGACACUGGAGGCUCUUCCAGAAAAUUCAAGCUUCCCACAUUCACAUUUCCAAAAUUUGGAAUAACCGGACCAAAAAUGACAGUUGAAAGCAAAGAUUUAAAUUCUGACAACAAAGUGUCUGAAGCACAUAUUUCAUCAACAGGUGAAGGGAUGAUAGCUGAGGCCUCUGAAGUUGAGAAUGUCAGAAUAAAUUUGGAGUUGGAUAAGGAAACGGCUAAAUCUGAAGUUGAAUUUAAAGGUCCCUCUAUUGACGGUAAAACUGAAAUAACAGGUAAAGAAAUAUAUGCAAAGGGAAAGAAGCCAAGGAUUUCUUUUCCAAAGUUUGGAUUUUCAAAACCAGACAUUAAAUCAUCUGAUGUAAAUGUCAGUCUUCCAAUUGGAGAUAGUUCCCUUGCAGAAGGAAACAUUGAAAUCAAAGUGUCCGAAACUGACAUGAUAGCUACUGAAAUAGAGCCUAAAGUAGAAGCUGAUGUUGGAAGUUCUCCAAGGAAAUAUAAACUACCAGUAAUUAAAAUGCCUAAAUUUGGCUUUUCAUCAGCUAAAGAAAAAUCCACUGAUCAAGACACAGGCACCAUGCAAACAGAUCCUGGAAGUCCAGGAAUCCCUUUGGAGGGAACAACUUUAAAAUUGGACAAACAAAUUGACAGUUCUCACGAUUCCAAAGAAGAAACAUCUGGCUUAAGCCUUUCAUUUCCAGAAAUCAAAAGUCAAGACAUUAUUUCCACUAGACUUGAAAAGGGCAAACAUCCUGUAGACCAGCCCUCGACUGUUCUUGAAGGUGGAGAACAUCAUGCAAGUGGGAUUGUUUUGGAUGCUCCGAAAGUGGAUAAAGGUAGAAUUCACAUGAAAGUAGAGGAACCUGAAAAAUCAUCCAGAUUUAAUUUACCUUCAUUUGGGGAUGUAUUUAGAGGAUUUGAACUUGAAUUUCAUGUUCCAAAAUUAGAUGAAGAUGAGAAAACUCUUACAUCACCAAAAGAAGAAAUUGGUCCUUCUGCUAUAGAAGAACAGGAUAUCCAUGGUAAGAGUGUAGGAAAGGACCUUGGUCAUCAGCCCAAAUUUAGUACGCUAACUGAAGGGACAGCCGAAGCCUCAUCUUUCACUAAAGAAGCAGAAGUAAAAGAAAUGUCAAAAUUUAAGUUUUGGUUUCCAAAGAUAAGUUUUGCUGAGUCCACAGAGAAAAGCAAAAGUAUGACUUCAAACGUGGUGACUGAAAAGAAGGACAUGUUAACACAUCCUCAGGAAAAGAAGGAAACUGAAGACAAUAAAGAACCAGAGGCAAAUACAGAGAAGGGCAGCUGGUUUAAGUUUUCUAAGUUUGGAACAACUUCACCCUCAAAAACUAUCAAAGAAUCAGAGAAAGUCAUCAGUCUUCCCAAAGAAAAUCUUGACAAGAAUAACGAGGGUGAGGUUGCAGAAGAAGACUUCAGUCUGACCUCAUCUGUGAGAUCAUCAGAUGCCUUUGCAGAUAUCAGUUCCACAAUUACAAGUGAACAGGUUGGUCCUUCAGAAGCAUCACCAACAAAAGUAAUGGUAAAGUACUCUGAACCAGCUGUUAUCAUAGGUGUUGGAGAGGUUAAAGUCCCUGGUGAUGUGAUUACCUCAACAGCAAGAACUGAACUGAUUUGUCUGGAGCCAAAAUUACCUGAAAAGUUUGAGACAGACACUAUUCCCAUUGCUGAGGGUGAGACAUCAUUGCUACAACACACUCUUAGGGAGAAGACAGGCGACACACAUGACAUCACACCAGACAUACAGAAAGUACCAGACACUGAGCAAGUUACUAUAGUUACUAAAUUGGAAACCCGCUCUGUACAAGAUGAGUCCCUGAAGAAAGUUGUAAAAAUGGCCACUGUACCUUGGACUGUUGAGGCUCCAACUGAAAGCCUUAGCAAAACCCCUGGAGAACACAUUAUGGUGGAGAAGUGUGUAGUGAAGGAGAAGUCAGGUGAUGAGAAGGGCACAGUCGUCAUAACGCAGAAGGUAACUCAUGUUGUCCGUGGUGACCUGGGGGAGCCCGCUGUUGAUGAUGCAGCCUCUGCAAUCAAAAAGCUGAAAGACACUAUGCACUCUGAAAAGCUGAGAUUCUUUGAAGGAGAUGAAACAUUAAGGGUCACUGUAAGUACUCAUGGUAUAGAGACGCAGAUGUUUGAGCCCUCCACUGAGAAUAAGUAAGAUUGCAAGGAAAUGAUAUUCCAGUCAUACCAUCACUAUAACCUUCUCUUUCUAAGCAGCUAUAAAGCCCAAUUUAUUUGCAUAUAUCUGCUAGUAAGUCUCAGCAUCUACAGUGUAACACCUUAUUAUUAUGUCUUAAGACAGCAUAUCACUUGCAUAACAUCCAGAUGUACUCAUUUAUGUGAAUGUGUAAUUAAGCAACUCUUAGCCUUAUUUUAAUACAGAUUAAAAUUCCACUGCCAAAGAAAUUAUUAGCAGGAUAUUCAAGAACUCUAGUAAGAAAGAACUUCACACUGUGUCUUUAUUUUAUAGUAGCAACUUUGGGGUAAACAUGCAAGAAUGCAAGUGAUUCAUUGUUUUUAAUUGUUUUUAAGCUUGACUAAAAAUUACUUUAAGAAGUAAAAUGAUAUUUACACUAACAUGUACCUUAACACAAUUAACAGUUCUAUACAUUUUAAAGGUGGCUAAAGCUUUGUUUUAGAUAAAUAGAAAAAUGCAAUCAGUUGUUAAAACACUGAGAAAAAAAAUCACGAAAGUAAAACAGAUUAACAGCUUUGACAAUUCUGUUCUGAAAAAUGUAAAGUGUGGAAAUAGAAUAUAUAGUGUAAAUAUAUCUAAUUUUAUUAACCUUUUGCAAGUUUCUUUAAUGGUGGCGCUUGUUGUUUGUAAUUUUUCCUUUCUGAUGUAAUCAAUUGCAUUUGCACAAAAUAUUAAAAUGGAAAUGCAAAAACAUAA